UGUCACAGUUGUACACUACACCUAACUGUUUAUCGAAGAUUUGAUGAAGGGAUAGGUCAUACCGAAACACACAGAAUGGAUACUACAACAUUAUUUCAUGAAGACAGGGAUCCACAGAAUAAUAACGCUUUUUUGAAGGUGGCUUAUUCAGAUGUGAUCUGCGAGCCAACAGCAGUUGGUAGCCCUCGGUGCCUUCACCAGUUUACCAAAACAAUUUAUGAAGGCACUAUCCUCGGCACAUACUGGGUACUGACCAUUGUGUUCGGCGGUCUUCUGUCCUUUAGCUAUGGCUUGGUUUGUGGUUUCCUGAGCUUUUUUAUGAUUUGGGUGGCCUCUCCAUUUGUCCGCUUGUUUUUGAUCCCACUGGGGCUGUAUGGUAAAAUCUGGAAGUUUUUUGUUGAAUGCUUCUACGAUCCCCUGUACGAGUCAUGUGGUAGGAUCUUCUCCAAUGUCAACAUAAACUUUAAUACCAGAGCUAUCGAACAUGUGUAGUUAUUUAAUGCUCGACGGUCACUCGAUGGUCACCUUGUAUUAUGUCAUAUCUAGACAUAAAAUAAAAUACCAAUAUGUUUGCUGUAAUGACCAAUUUGACCAAACAAGCUUGGUCAAUGAAAGAUUUAUUAUGUAGCAUUAAGAUUUCCCCUUAUUAAGAAUCAAGAACUACUUGUUUAUUUCGAGAAACGGGAAAGAAAGCCAACUGUU